AUGGCCCGGCGCUGCGCGCUCUCCAUCCGCAUCGUGGAGGGCAAGAACCUGCCCGCCAAGGACAUAACUGCCACCGUGUGGAAGACGCUGUCCCCGUUCUGGGGGGAGGAGUAUGAGGUGCAGCUCCAGCCCACCUUCCACAGCAUCUCCAUCUACGUCAUGGAUGAGGACGCGCUCAGCCGCGACGACGUUAUCGGGAGGGUCUGCAUCACCCGGGACAUGCUGGCAGCUUUUCCCGCAGGCUACAGCGGCUGGAUGAGCCUCAGUGAGGUGGACCCCGACGAGGAGGUGCAGGGGGAGAUCCACCUGCGGGUGGAGGUGCUGGGAAGCCAGGCUGGCCGCCCACGGCUCUGCUGCACCGUGCUGGAGGCCAGGGAUUUGGCCAGGAAGGAUCGGAACGGUGCCUCUGACCCCUUCGUCCGCUUGAGCUACAAUGGGAAGGUUCAGGAGAGCACC